AUGUCGACUCUUGAGGACCUCGACGACCUUGAGCGCGAUCAGAGAGACAAGAAGCAAGACCAGAACGAUGGCGAUGGUCAGAAGCCCGAAGGCGACGGCGAUGCCGAGAUGGGAGAUGCCGACAAGAAGGACGAUGAAGAAGAGCUGCUGGAUGAGGAGAUCUUGACUUCAAGCACGGCAGACAUUGUCAAGCGGCGGCGGAUGCUGGAGAACGAGAUGCGCAUCAUGAAAAGCGAAUUCCAGCGUUUGACACACGAGCAGAGCACAAUGAGAGAGAAGGUUAAGGAUAAUCAAGAGAAGAUUGAGAACAACAGACAACUACCAUACCUUGUUGGAAACGUCGUUGAGCUAUUGGAUCUCGAUGUGGAGGCAGAGGCAGCAGAGGAAGGGGCCAAUAUCGACCUGGAUGCCACCCGCGUAGGCAAAUCCGCCGUCAUCAAGACCUCCACUCGCCAGACUAUCUUCCUUCCCCUCAUCGGUCUCGUCGACCACGAAAAGCUCAAACCCGGUGAUCUCAUUGGUGUCAACAAGGAUUCAUAUCUCAUCCUGGACACACUACCGGCUGAGUAUGACAACCGCGUUAAGGCAAUGGAGGUUGACGAGAAGCCUACGGAGAAGUACACGGAUAUCGGUGGUCUUGAUAAGCAGAUCGAAGAAAUCGUGGAAGCUAUCGUAUGGCCGAUGAAGGAGGCAGAGCGCUUUAAGAAAAUUGGCAUCAAAGCCCCUAAGGGUGCUCUCAUGUACGGACCCCCAGGUACCGGUAAAACCCUCCUCGCCCGAGCCUGUGCCGCCGAGACAAACGCCACAUUCCUCAAGCUCGCAGGUCCCCAACUGGUGCAGAUGUUCAUCGGAGACGGAGCCAAGCUUGUUCGCGACUGCUUCGCCCUAGCCAAGGAGAAGGCCCCUUCGAUCAUCUUCAUUGACGAACUGGACGCCGUGGGAACCAAGCGAUUCGACUCUGAGAAAUCCGGUGACCGUGAAGUGCAGCGUACCAUGCUGGAACUCCUGAACCAGCUGGACGGCUUCGCCUCCGACGACCGCAUCAAGGUCCUAGCAGCAACCAACCGUGUCGACGUCCUGGACCCUGCCCUCCUUCGUUCCGGUCGCCUGGACCGUAAGAUCGAAUUCCCCCUGCCCAACGAGGAAGCCCGUGCCAACAUCCUGCAAAUUCACUCUCGCAAGAUGUCCGUUGAGGACAGCGUCAACUGGGCCGAGUUAGCUCGCAGCACGGACGAGUUCGGUGGUGCCCAACUCAAGGCUGUUUGUGUUGAGGCUGGUAUGAUUGCCCUGAGGAAGGGUCUUAGCAAGAUCGGGCAUGAGAACUAUGUCGAUGCCAUUGCUGAGGUCCAGGCUAAGAAGAAGGAUACCAACAUGGGCAUCUAUGUUUAG